AUGUCCAGGCGGUUGGGGUUGUCAGAUGGGGUGCCAGUCUACAUCAACAUCAUUCGUAACCCCCUGGAUCGCCUUCUGUCUUACUAUUACUUCAUGCGAUACGGGGACAACUUUCGGCCGCAGGUCAAACGCAGGAGAAUGGGCAGUGACAUGACCUUUGACGAGUGUGUGGAGCAGGGACAGAAGGAUUGUGACCCAGUCAACCUCUGGCUGCAGAUCCCAUUCUUCUGUGGACAUUCCUAUAGAUGCAGACAGCCAGGCAGUCGUUGGGCCCUGGACAUGGCCAAGUACAACCUGAUCAACCACUACCUGCUGGUUGGGAUCACUGAGGAGCUGGGGGACUUCAUAGCCAUGCUGGAGGUCAUACUGCCUCGCUUCUUUCACGGCGCCAUGGAGCUCUACCUCAGUGGAGAGAGAUCCCAUUUACGACAGACAAACAAGAAGGAAUCGCCCAGUGAGGGGUCCAUCAAGAAGAUCCAAGAGUCCACUAUAUGGAAGAUGGAACAGGAAUUCUAUGAGUUUGCCUCCAUCCAGUUCCAUUUCCAGAAACGUUUGUUGUUCCAAGCGGUUGACAGCCUGGAACCUGGAGAAAAUAUAUCAGAUCGGAAGAGUUACCUUCUCUCUGAUGGGAAGUUAUAUGUACCUAAAGAAGUUCAAAUUCAUUAUGAGAAGGUUCGGCCCAGAUGAUAGGGGCUUUCCUGCUGUGAUAUGAAUUACAUCUGAAAGUGUAUAUUGAUAUUGUUGUUGAUUCUGGUGCUUUCUUUUAUGUUUUUAAUGAUUUGUUCAGUAAUACAAUAUUUGCAAGUCAUGAUCUAGUGGACUUAAGGCGUUCUUGAACUGAGAAUGAGGUGACCACGCAAUAUCGAAAAAAAAUCUGGGAAAGGUAGUGGACACAUUUCCCUGAAUCGAAAAAUUAAUGAUAUUGACCAAAAAGUAGCAGUGAAGAUAAGAACCAAUUAAAGAAAUAAAGUGACAAUAGGAUCUGUACAGCAAGAGAAUGAUUAAAAAAUAAUAAUUUGUUUUUCAGAAAGUGACUUGAAUCUUUAUUGUUGACAACUUAACUGUGUUCUUAAUGUGGCUUUCAAAUAUUCUGAGCAAAUUCUAUAGCUUUUGGUGCAUUUAUAAAAUAGAAAACUGCCACUUUAUGAUGAAGAACUGGCAUAUAAUAUGCUCACACAAUUUUCCUUUCAUAUAUGUAACAUCUGUGCAAAAUAAUGUUUUAAAGUUAAUCCAAUUAUUUUCUCGCGAUUAAUGGGUAAUUCACUCACUAACAAAAUUUGUUGAUUUGUGGUAUUUGUAU